AUGCAAGCAUCCAGUACUCUCGUCUGCCUUCGCCCUACUUCUAUACUUUGGUCGCAAGCUAUUCGGCCCGUUUUUCACCUCCGAAGACCGAUUCGACAUCAAAUCUUAGCCGCUCAAACGAGAGGAUUCUCAAAUCCUCUGAGUCCCUUACAAACGCUUUCCGCCUCUCGAAUCCUCCCAUAUCAUGCCAAUCAAAUAUUCAACAUAAUAGCAGACAUCACCUCCUACCCAGCGUUCAUUCCCUUCUGUACCUCCUCAAACAUAACAUCCCUUUCAUCGCCUGAUCCGACUCAAAAGAAACAAUGGCCCCGUACAGCAGAUCUUCGAAUCGGAUAUGGGCCAUACGACGAGACCUUCACCAGCAGAGUCUACUGUCUUCCCUACACAGCCCUCGAAGCCGUCGCCGGUGACGCCGAGCCUACAAUAUCCCACGACGCCCUCCCUCACUACAGCAUUGAAUCUACCGAAGAGCAAUCAGCAAGGACACGGGAAGGCAACAGCCAGACCCUAUUCAAUUCUAUUCUCACACGCUGGUCGUUCCGGGAAUUCCCGUUCAAGCCGCUACCGCCGGAUGGUUCUCCACAGGAGGGCAGUGCCGAAGCGAACGAGUCUGUGCCGAGGACAGAGGUCAGCCUACACAUCGAAGUCCGCUUUGCAAGUGCGGUAUAUGGGGCAUUAAGCCAAGCAGCAGCGCCGAAGGUCGCAGGCAUGAUGAUUGAAGCGUUUGAAAAGCGUGCAAAAGAAGUGCUAGGCGAGGGGCAUGGUCCUCAGCCAGGGCAAGGGUAA